UUUCAAUAACUGACUGAAUUUUGGUGGAUGGAAAUGUACAUUGUGAUACGUUCUAUUCUUUUUAGCAUUGUCAUAGUAAAUGUAUUUAGCUCAGCUGGAAAACAAAACAAAUCCUGUAGUUCGAGCGAUCAUGGUUGUUGUUCAAACGAGUUUUGGGACAAGGAUUAUCAUCUUUGUAAACCGUGUACGGAAGGCUAUGUAGGACCAAAUUGCAGUAUAAUGUGUAAAUAUCCACUAUACGGUAAAGAUUGUCUGCAAACAUGUCACUGCAAUGGAUCCUUCUGUGAUUUUCAAAUAGGAUGUCAACUGUUAACAGAUUCAACAAUAAUUGAUGACCUUACAUCUACACAAAGAUCUGCGUUUGAAAAAAAUUUCACUUUACCUGACAAUUUUUCUCCCAGUGCAAUGGUUUCUAUUACCCACUUCUCAUCUGUGAGCUAUAAUUACACAACAAAUUACACAACAGGGGUCAAAGAAAGUCCGUUGUUAUAUCUGAUUGUAGUCUUAAGUUUGCUUUUCAUUACUGGUAUAUCUGUCUACUUCAUCUUUAUAAUAUACAUGAAAUGGAAAAGCAAUGUUCACUGGCAAAUGUCAAAAAUAUCUGGACCAGAGUCAGCACAUUAUGAGGAACCAAGUGAUCUUGUUCACCUUCAUAUUUAACGCAUGCUACAAACAAGAUAUUUUUAUUAGUAAUUUUAGGUGUGAAGUUUUGCAUUUAGUCACAACCUAUUUUGACGGCUGCACUCAGGGUAAAUAGUACACGCCUCCUCACCACAAGCUUUACGACAGGAACUUUAUUUUAUGCUCUGAUUGGUUUCUCGUGCAACAAGUAUUUCCAUGUCAAUGUUGAUAAUAUCAAUUGACUAAUCACACAUCGGCGGCUGAUUUUUUUUUACCCUGGGUGCAUCAGUCGAAAAAGAUGGUGACGUAAUGCAAAACUUAACACUUAACUUAAAUUGACUAUAAUAAAGAAUUGAAUUUUAGACAAUAUGAACGGGAAAAUGCACAAUUUAUAGGAAGCUUACAUGAAGUUGUAGAAUUAUGCAUGUGAAUAGAGAGGGCAUUUAGCCUUUGUAUUGUGUGUCAAAUUAGAUACUGACAAGUAUUUUGUAUAAGUCAAUAAAAUGAUGACCAGUGACUUUUUCACAAUAAAUCGUACGAC